AUGGAGCUCGGCGGCGUGCAAAGGGGGCGUGGCUUUUUUCGGCGGUCUCGGCCCCGCCCCCUCCGUCCCAGCCAAUCAGCAAGCGCCCUGUUGCGGGCCGCUGAAUGGGGCUCGGCGGCGGGCGAGGGGGCGGGGCUUUGUCGGCCGUCUAGGCCCCGCCCCCUGCGUCCCAGCCAAUCAGAGAGCGCUCUGUGGAGGGCCGCCGGGCGGGGCUCGGCGGCGGGGAAGGGGGCGUGGCGUCGGUCCCGGCCAAUCAGCGAGCGCCCUGUUGGCCGCGCGCUCCCCCGCCCCUCCCCCCCGCGGCUGGUCCGGCGGCGGGCGGCCCGGGCCGGUCGGGGCCCAGUCCCCAAGAUGGCGGUGUGCGUGAGGAGGGCGUCCCCGGCCGGGGCCCGGGCGGCCCGAGGCGCGCUGCUGUCCGCGCUGCCGUGCGCUCUCCUGCUGCUGGCGGUGGGCCGCCGCGGGGAAGCGGGGGCGGCCGAGGCGGGAGGGACCCCGGGGGCCCCGGGGGCCGCACCCCCGCACCGCCGCUUCGAGUACAAGUACAGUUUCAAGGGGCCUCACUUGGUGCACAGCGACGGGACCGUCCCCUUCUGGGUGCACACCGGAAAUGCUAUACCCAGUGCAGAUCAGAUUCGAAUAACUCCAUCUUUAAAAAGCCAACGAGGAUCUGUGUGGACAAAAGCAAAAUCUACAUUUGAGAACUGGGAGCUUGAGGUGACCUUUCGAGUGACUGGAAGAGGUCGGAUUGGAGCUGAUGGACUGGCAAUCUGGUACACAGAAGCUCAAGGCUUGGAAGGGCCCGUAUUUGGAGGUGCCGAUUCUUGGAAUGGUGUUGGAAUUUUCUUUGAUUCCUUUGACAAUGAUGGCAAGAAAAACAAUCCAGCUGUGGUGGUUAUAGGUAACAAUGGGCAAAUCCUUUAUGACCACCAAAAUGAUGGUGCCAAUCAAGCACUGGCAAGUUGUCAGAGGGAUUUUCGUAACAAGCCCUAUCCUGUUCGUGCAAAGAUUACAUACUACCAGAAAGUGCUAACUGUGAUGAUCAAUAAUGGCUUUACACCCAAUGAAGAUGACUACGAGUUUUGUGCUAAAGUGGAAAACAUGGUCGUCCCUGCACAGGGACACUUUGGAAUAUCUGCAGCAACAGGAGGUCUUGCAGAUGACCAUGAUGUCCUAUCUUUUUUGACUUUCCGGUUGACUGAACCAGGAAAAGAAACACCUCCAGCAGAUGCAGAAAUUCCUGAAAAGGAAAAAGAAAAGUAUCAGGAAGAAUUUGAGCACUUUCAACAGGAAUUGGAUAAAAAGAAAGAAGAGUUCCAGAAGGAACACCCUGACAUUCAAGGGCAGCCAACUGACGAUAUGUUUGAGACAGUAAGUGACCGCGAGCUAAGACAGAUCUUUGAAGGGCAGAAUCGCAUUCAUCUCGAAAUCAAGCAGCUUAACCGACAGUUGGAUAUGAUUCUUGAUGAGCAGAGAAGGUAUGUCACUGCCCUGACAGAUGAGAUCUCUAAAAGAGGAACUGGCAUCCCAGGGCACCAGGGACAGGUCUCACAACAAGAACUGGACACUGUGGUGAAAACUCAGCAGGAAGUCCUAAGACAAGUGAAUGAAAUGAAGAACUCCAUGAGUGAGACCCUCCGAUUGGUCAGUGGAAUACAACACACUGGAUCUGCAGGAGGAGUUUAUGAAACAACCCAGCACUUCAAUGACAUUAAAGAGCAUCUUCAUGUAGUAAAGAGAGACAUAGAACACUUAGUUCAACGAAAUAUGGCAUCAAGUGAGAAGCCAAAAUGUCCAGACCUACCACCAUUUCCAUCAUGUUUAUCUACAACACACUUCUUCAUAUUUGUAGCUGUGCAGACAGUAUUGUUCAUUGGUUAUACCAUGUAUAGGAGUCAACAAGAAGCAGCAGCCAAAAAAUUCUUCUGAAAGCCCUUUCAUUUGUGUAUGUGUACAUUAUGUAUGUAUGCACAGAACUCUUACUUCUGUAAAUGAGGGAAUUUUGAAGUGUUUAAAAUGCAUCAAUAUUCUAAAUUAUUAAAAUUUUGUUACAAUGAAGUAUUUAGUUUAAUAUUGGUAAGAGUAACCCUGAAACCAAUGAGGACUGCAAGGGAAAAUUGAGCAGAGCCAUGUAACACUGUAUUGGUGAGAGACCCAUUUUCAGUGGGAGUGGGGGAUUUGAGUGCACAAUUCCAAGUAUUGUUCUGCACAUCUGAUUCCCGAUGGCAACAGCUCACUUCCUAUAAGUCUGGUGUCAUAGGCUCUUUAUUUCAAAGAAUAAUUUUGUAAAGAAUAAAGUCCAACUAGCUUAUCAAGUCUGUCAAAGUAGCGAGAAUUAUUAUGGAGGGUCAGAUUUUCUGUUCCAUGACCCAGUUUGGCAAUCUUCUUUAUAAUUUUUUUUUGAAAUCACAAUUUCCUUAGCCCAAAUAAAAACUCUUGUACAUGUAUAAAAGGA